UUUAAAUCAAGCAGGAGAAGAAGAAGGAGGAGGAGGAGGACUUUUUUUGUUGGAGGUUUGUUUCCCUAAACAGAUAAAGUCAUGGCUGCGACCAUUGAGAGUCUACUGGGGGAAAUCUCCGAUGUUGAAGAUCCUAUCGAGGAGCUCCAGAGUUUAAAAACAGCUUUAAUAUCGAUCCCUCUCAGCGCUUUGAGAGACUCAGUGAGCGGACAGCGUUUCAAUGUGAUCUUCUCUCUACUAAACUCUAAUGACAGGGAGCAGGUGGAGCUGUGUGUCGACAUCCUUGAACGCAUCCUAAUGGCCCUCAGCCCUUUGUCUCUGGCCCAGAACUACAGAGUGGAGCUGCAGGGGGGUUUGAACCACCCCAAUGAAACUGUCAAGAUACUGGCUUUGACACAGAUUGGUCGAAUAGUGGAGCACCCUGACGCCGCUACUGAAGUCUUAAAUAACCCCGACAUUCUUCAAGCUGUGAUCAACUGCAUCAGAGAGGAGAAGAUGGCUGUGGCGAAACAGGCGAUCCAGUCGUUGACCAAAUUGAGCCACUCCAAGCUCGGGUUGGACAAAUUGUUCCAGAGCGACCUGCUGAAAGUUAUGAGGGAUGUGAUGGCCAAAAAUGACAUCAUCAGAUACAGAAUAUAUGAGCUGGUGGUGGAAAUUUCGUCUGUGUCUCCCAUCUCGCUCGGAUACUGCGCCAACAGCAGCUUCAUCUCUCAGCUGCUUGGAGAGCUCACAGGAGACGAUGUCCUGAUCAGAGCCACAGCCAUCGAGAUGGUGACCACUCUGGCCCACAGUCAGCACGGUCGGCAGUAUCUGGCUCAACAGGGAAUCAUGGACAAGAUCUCGAACAUGAUCAGAGGAGCAGAGACCGACCCCUUCUCUUCGCUCUACCUCCCUGGUUUGGUGAAGUUCUUUGGCAAUCUAGCCAUCAUGGACAGCCCUCAGCAGGUCUGUGAAACGUACCCGGCCUUUCAGAACAAGGUGUUCGAGAUGGCUCUGGAUCCGGACCCUGCGAUGAUCGGCGUGGCUCUGGACACUUUGGGAUUACUUGGAUCGACUGUGGAGGGAAAGCAGGUCCUUCAGAAAACAGGAGAAAAGUUCAAGGCCGUGUUGUCAAGAAUGAGCCAGCUCGCCAGCGCGGGAGCCACUGAGCUCAGAGUGCGCAGCUUGGACGCCAUAUCCCAACUUCUCACUCUAGAGCCAGAGCAGCAGACAGAAGACCUUUUGGCCCUGACAGAGUCCUGGUUCCAGCUUUUGUCUAAGCACCCCAUGGAUAUGAUUCGCGACAUCAGCACUCAGCCAUUUCCAGAACUGCACUGUGGGGCUUUGCGGAUAUUCACUGCCGUCGCCACUCAGCCGUGGGGUCAAAGGUUAAUGAUCAGGACUCCCAGCUUCAUGGAGUUCGUCCUGGAUCGCUCCACGGGUCAGACAAAGGAGGCUAAAGAUGCAAAGUUUGAACUUGUAGGCUCGCUUGUGAGUUCAUCCACAGCCGCAGAGAUCCUGGGCAGCCAGCACUACAUCCGCCUGAAGACGUACCUGAGAGAAGGACCGUACUACGUUUCAGCCGUGGCCGCUGUCAGCACAGAGGGAGCUGAAUGAGGAAACACACACACACACACACACACAGACGCACACACUCACACACUUCAUGUGUCUCUGGUUAAUGCUUAGUAACAGGAAAGGUAAGUGCCUGAAUAAUCUGGGUUAACAUGCUGUAAUCUAGUAAAACAGAUACUCUUAAGGACACACAGAUUAGUCUUACACACAUUAGGAUGUGGUGUUUACAAGAGUUCAGCUCUGACUGUUCAUACGGGUGGGUUAAGGACUUGCAAAGGUAUAAAGGUAUGAGUGAUUCAUGUUUAACCCUUGUUUUUCCUAUGACUACAGUUUGUUACUUUGAACUCCUUAUUCUCUACUCAGUGAAUUUAUUAGACUACUGAUGAUACAUUCAAUAUUAAGCUUCUGAUUCUCUGUUGUAAGCAAAUCUAGCACUGUGCACCAACAUAUCCUCUGAUAGGGUGAAAGUUGUGACACUAUAAUUCAGGGUGAAGGUUUCAAACUUCAGAAAACUUCUAGGCCUCAGCUAAAAUAUUGUUCACUUUGAUUUUAAGAAGCUUAUUUGCUUAUUAUUUAUUUUUUUGAAAGGUGGCAUGCUCUCUAGGACAGACUUUGUUUUUAACAAUAUAAAACUGUGGCAGAAAGGUAUUGGAAUGAAAGUAAGGAGACGAAAACACUGAAACAAUUUAUAGGGAGUAGUAGUGAUUUAUUUCAGGACACUUCAAUUCAGUUUGUUUGUUAUUUUAUUGUUCAGCUAUCCUUUAGGAAAGUGUUAUGUCAUCUUUGUUCAGAAAAUAUUUUUGUACAGAAGGCUUGCAUUGUAAGUUGAGGUUGUAGCAGGAAAGUUGUAAUUGCAUUGUGGGAAAUGUAGGAAAUAUGAGCUUGACCUGUAUCUCGGAUAAAAAUGGGACUAUCUUGCUUCAGUUUUGACUCAUGGGGCGAUCUAAUUCCUCUUCAACUCGCCCGUUAAAAUGACGAAAUUAUUGAUUAAUAAGCUAAACAGCUGUGUGCUACAGACACAGACUCACACACACAUGUCAGGUGCAGAACUGAACCAGCAGAAUAAAAGUUACAACACAAUUAUUUCACCACAUCAUGGUUGGGUAUGGUAUGUUAACUCAUGAUUAGGUAACAGGUGUUUCCUCAGUACUUAAGCAUUAAGUAAACAGACCUGUAAGAUGUUAAAUGUAGUCUUAAAUGUUUACCAUCCGAGCACUUACUCGCAUAAAUUCACCUCAUGAUACACUUUUCAAAAAUAUGGACUCAAACAACAAUACAUCUUCAUAAUCAGACCGCUGCUCUCAAACUUCAUAUCGACUCAAUUUGAAUCAGUUUGCUUGUGUUAAAGUAUUUUUGUUAAGACAGAAAAAUAAAUGUUUUGUAAUUAAAGAGGUUGUACUCUGAAAAAUAAUGUGUUUGUUUACCUUUCAUUUUUUACAUGAAGUGUUACACAAAAAAAUGAUAAUAAACAAGACUGCUUAAAGGC